AAACAGCUGUCAGGCGUCGCGGCGAGUGACCCGAACCGGAUUUGCUUCCAUUCGUCCUCCAGAAGCAGCUGCGUCCGGACGCCUCUCCUUCUCUCUCCGUCUCCGGGCCGCUUUCUCUUCCUCAGGAUGGCGCUCAGCGAUGCCGACGUCCAGAAACAGAUCAAGCAUAUGAUGGCUUUUAUUGAACAAGAAGCCAAUGAAAAGGCAGAAGAAAUAGAUGCCAAGGCGGAAGAGGAAUUCAACAUUGAGAAAGGUCGUCUGGUUCAAACACAGAGACUGAAAAUCAUGGAGUACUAUGAGAAGAAAGAAAAACAAAUUGAACAACAGAAGAAAAUUCAGAUGUCCAAUCUGAUGAAUCAGGCAAGGCUGAAGGUUCUUAAAGCCAGGGAUGAUCUAAUUUCAGAUUUACUGAAUGAAGCCAAGCAGAGACUGACUAAAGUAGUAAAGGAUAGCGGCAGGUAUCAGACUCUAUUGGAUGGUUUGAUUCUGCAGGGAUUUUAUCAAUUACUUGAACCUAAAAUGACAGUCCGCUGUCGGAAACAGGAUCUUCCCUUGGUUAGGAAUGCAGUCCAGAAGAGCAUCCCAAUCUAUAAAACUACCACCAAAAAAGAAGUUGACAUUCAAAUUGACCAGGACACAUUUCUCAAUGAGGACAUUGCUGGAGGUGUUGAAAUCUAUAACAGUGAUGGUAAAAUUAAAGUUUCCAAUACUCUGGAAAGCCGUCUGGAUCUGAUCGCCCAACAGAUGAUGCCAGACAUCCGAACGGCGCUUUUUGGUGCCAAUACCAAUAGAAAAUUCCUGGACUGAAUUCCUUGAUAUAAUGGUGGAAUCUCUUCCACUGCCAUAGUGAAGUAAGAUGCACAGCAUCUGUUAAUUACAAAAAAAACUUAAAUGUAUUCAGUUCUAUAUUGUGUUGUCUUGUAAAUUUUAUUCAAUUAAGUUAUUUUGGGGGCAUUCCUGCUGUGCUUAGCCUGACUGGGAGACCUCUGACCACAGUGAGAUAGUAUGUGAUAUGAAAAACAGACAUUCAGGUGGACCAGUGAUUUCAUCCACUUCCCUGAAAGCAUGUCGCCAAUUUGUGCUGCUUAUGCCUUCCUUUCCUUACAAAAGCAUACAUUACUUUUGAGGGUCAAUGCAACCCUCAUGUGACUGUGGCCAGCCCCAGAUUUUUGUUCUGUAUAUGUGGUUAAACUGCUGUCUGUAUGCUUGCAGGCACACACCCUCAUCCUGUACUAGUUUAAUAAAAUAAAAGGUGUGUGAAACUGUUUGCUACAGUACCUGGA